CGUUAUCUCGUUGUGGAUCUGGGCAGGAUGGGGUUUGUCGAAAUUGAGAUCGUGAAUGCGUCCACACCCUGGUGUCCGGUAUGUCGGCGAUACUUCCACUCUGAAGAUGACCCUGAUUGCCCCGCGAGGAACAGGAAAUCCUACGCUAAUGCCACAAGGCUCGGCUCCCGCCCACCUUCCCCGAAAGGGAAGGAGAAAGAUAAUGACGAGGGGGCCGCGGGAAGAAGAAAGGGGGGGGAAGGUAGAGGAGAAGGAGGAAGGGAGAAAGGAAUGGGGAAAGGGAGUGGGGGGGGCGGAAUGGGAGCUGGAGGAGGAAAGGAUAAGGGAGACGGGAGCGCAGGAGGUCGAGGAGGAGAAAAGGGGAAAAGAGGAGAAGGGCAUGAAGAAAAAAGCUACGCGAUCGGUAGUGGGGGCGUUGGGGGAAGAGCGGAUGAAAGAUUGGCGGGAGGGGAGGAGGGGAAAAGUGGAGGGAAGAGUGGAGAGGGAAUCCAUGGCGUCGGGUCGGCCAGAAAAGAGUUAGCCGAGGCUGUGGGUGGUGGGAUUGGGGAGAAAUCUGAUAGCGAAAAGGGAGGAGGGGGUGUGACUGGGCGGGGUGAAGACAACGACCUGACCAAGAGCGGUCCAUCUAUCCGAAGCAAGGGUACGGAAAAGACAGGGUCAGGAGGCUCCACUUCCGACUACAUUGAUGAAGAUAGGGUACUGGUUCGGGAAAAAAGGAAAAGGGAGGAAAAGACGAUGGAAGAGGAGGAUGAGAAUUCUCGGAAUGAAGUAGAUUUGGUAAAAAGCAAGGCGUUGGUUUUGUAUGAUAGAACUCUACCUGUGGAAGAUAAGUCCCCCCCUCCCUCUCCCUUUUCUUCGUAUACGGAGGAGGGAGAGGAGGAGGAGGAGGACGACGAUGAUGAUGAUGACGAGGGGUUAGUGCCCCUCUUUGGAGAUCUCCCUUCUCACACAGGCACAAAAACCUACAACAACGGCACCUUCGACCUGAUCGACUCUUGUCCAAGAAGAAUCAGGGGAUCUGCAUCUGAAAGAUAAUUUCCCCUCUUCUGGAUCAGAGCCAAACCCGUUGUUCCUAGGCUCGGCGAACGGUGCUGGGUCGAGCUCGUCGAAGGAAGACUUCAUAGAUUGCACGGACGUACGAUCACCGGACAAGACAAAGAGUCGGGAGGGGGAGGGUGCCUUCCUCCCCUCCCCCAACCAACCCCUAAUCCCGUCUGGCCUGGUGGGAUCACAAUCCCCGGCGAAGAAAUCCAAGAAGGCUGCUCACAAAACAUCAGAUCUGGCCUUAGGGACAGACGGACCUUCAGAAGGUUCACGCCCCACAACCAACAAAUCUGCAACGGGAAA